AUGUAUUUCACCACCGCUGCUCUCUCUGCCCUCCUCGCCUCCACCACCUUGGCGAUUCCCCUCAACAACUCCCGUGGCUACUGCGACUCAGACGGCGACAUCUUCCCAGACUUUGACCGCUACUCGGACUGGGCGAUCUGCAAGGGCAAGAUCACCAAGAACCGCUUCCCCAACCUUCAGGCUCCCAAUGAUGACGGCGGCUGCGUCCGGUACUACCAGAGUAUCGAUAUGACAGGCGUCGUCACGGAGCAACACUUCUUCUUCAAGGACGGCUUCAAGACCGCCUGCGACUGCGCCGCCAAGUGUUUAGAGGAACCCACCAAGUGCACGAACUGGGUAUGGAAGCAUACCUUCAUGCCGGAGGAUGGUGGCAAGCGGUCGUGCACUCUGUACAGCAGUCCCAACCUGCCGACUGACGUGACGCUUAAGUACGACUUGGCGAAUAGCAAGGGAUUCAAUCUAUUGCAGGCCGCGAAUAACCCGCAGGCUGGAGCUCCGGCGCCGUUGACUUUCCUGGACGCGGCGGGAACGAUCUCUGACAAGUUUGGCGUGUCUGGCUUUAUGGUGCAGGAUCAGAACGGCAGACAAUUCUGUUAG